GGCUGGGGAGACUGGAAGGAUUAGCGGUCCAGGCAGUGCCCAGGGCAGGACGAUGGCCAGUAGGGGCAGCGAACUCAGCACCAGGACGCUGACAUGGAAUGUAAUGAAAUGUAAUGAAGUGAAGGAAUUGGAUCUUUAAACUGCCGAGGGACAGCUGCUGGUGAUGUCUGCAGAAGAUGAGGACAUAGAAAACAAAAGUAUUAAUGACAUUGCACUCAAAUACUUCAAAAAAUAUAAGGUGGAGAUUUCAGAUGCAAUAAGAACAACAUUUCCUUUCCUCGAACUUCUCCGUGACCAUGAAUUCAUCACCAAUGAAAUGUAUGAAGAUUCUCAAGAAUCUUUUAAAAAAUGGUGUUCUGUACAUCUAGUCAUAUAUAAUGUUCUCAGUGAACUGGAGAAGAAAUUUGACAUGUCUCUUCUGGGAUUACUGUUCAGCAAGACCAUCAUGAAGAAUUACCCUGAUUUAUUUCGCAUUUAUAAAAUAUUCUACAAAGCCAUACCAGACAUAGAAUUCCUCCUAAAAAUUGAUGGAGAAAAAAAUGAGGAGAGGCCUAAUGACCAACUAAGCCUGGAACAAGGAACUGGUGGUAGUUCAUAUCAAAGACUGAUGUGGUUAGGCCCAGAUGCCUGGAAUUACAAUGAUACAGCCCCACCUGAACCUGGACUCUUAGAGCUCUGCCAUGACACAUCAGAGAUAAAUGCAACUGAAACAGAUACAACCAGUGACAAUGAGGAUGCACUAAAAAGCCAACAAACAAAUGAACAACGUGCCCAAGAGUCUAAGACAGCAGGAGUUGAAUGUGAAGCCCAAGCAAGGACUGACUGUAACCAGGCGUCUGACGUAAUAGUGAUCAACAGUCAGGACUUUGAAGAAUUUACUGAUGAAGAUGAGCCUCCCAAAGGUUCCACCUCAGCAUUGAAAAGGAAGCCAGAGUCCAUGGAUUUCAGAAAAUCACCUACCUCUGGACAAAUACCUUGCAAAACAGGAGCAGAGCUACUCCACCAGGGAAACCAAAACACCUCCUGCUCUGUAAACCCAGUGGGUGUAGAGAAGGAAAAGUCAGUUGAAUGUGAAGCCCAAGCAAGGACUGACUGUAACCAGGCGUCUGAUGUAAUAGUGAUCGACAGUCAGGACUUUGCAGAAUUUACUGAUGGAGAUGGACCCCCUGAAGCUUCCACCACAGCAUUGAACAGGGAGCCAGAGUCCAUGGAUUUUAGAAAAUCACCUACAUCUGGAAAAAUACUUUGCAAAACAAGAGCAGAGCUACUCCACCAGGGAAACCAAAACACCUCCUGCUCUGUAAACCCAGUGGAUAUAAAGGAGGAAAAGCCAUUUUUAUAUUCAGGAGUUGAAUGUGAAGCCCAAGCAAGAACUGACUGUAACGAGGCAUCUGACGUAAUAGUGAUCGACAGUCAGGACUUUGCAGAAUUUACUGAUGGAGAUGGACCCCCUGAAGCUUCCACCACAGCAUUGAACAGGGAGCCAGAGUCCAUGGAUUUCAGAAAAUCACCUACAUCUGGAAAAAUACUUUGCAAAACAGGGAGAAGUAUUGAAGAUUCUUUAGGAUUCUGUGCAGAGAAGAAGCCACUAGUAACCUGUAGCUCUGCAGUGAGAAUUUCUGAAAUGUCUUCAAGAUUCAGUGCACAGAAUAAGCCCCCAGGAGACUGUACCUCUUCAGUGAGCAAUCCUGAAGUGUCUUCAGGAUUCAGUGCACAGAAUAAGCCCCCAGGAGACUGUACCUCUUCAGUGAGCAAUCCUGAAGUGUCUUCAGGAUUCAGUGCACAGAAUAAGCCCCCAGGACCCUGUAGUUAUGCAGUGAGAAAUCCUGAAGUGUCUUCAAGAUUCAGUGCAGAGAAUAAGCAACCAGAAGCCUGUAGCUCUGCAGUGAGAGUUUCUCAAGGGUCUUCAGGAUUCAGUGCACAGAGUAAGCCCCCAGGACCCUGUAGCUCUGCAGUGAGACACCCUGAUGUGCCUUCAGGAUUCAGUGCACAGAAUAAGCCCCCAGGACCCUGUAGCUCUGCAGUGAGAAACCCUGAUGUGCCUUCAGGAUUCAGUGCACAGAAUAAGCCCCCAGGACCCUGUAGCUCUGCAGUGAGAAACCCUGAUGUGCCUUCAGGAUUCAGUGCACAGAAUAAGCCCCCAGGACCCUGUAGCUCUGCAGUGAGAGUUUCUCAAGUGUCUUCAGGAUUCAGUGCACAGAAUGAGCCCCUAGGACUCUGUAGCUCUGCAGUGAGAAACCCUGAUGUGCCUUCAGCAUUCAGUGCACAGAAUAAGCCCCCAGGACCCUGUAGCUCUGCAGUGAGAAACCCUGAUGUGCCUUCAGGAUUCAGUGCACAGAAUAAGCCCCAAGGACCCUGUAGCUCUGCAGUGAGAGUUUCUCAAGUGUCUUCAGGGUUCAGUGCACAGAAUGAGCCCCUAGGACUCUGUAGCUCUGCAGUGAGAGUUUCUGAAGUGUCUUUAGGAUUCAGUGCACAGAAUAAGCCCCCAGGACCCUGUAGCUCUGCAGUGAGAAACCCUGAUGUGCCUUCAGGAUUCAGUGCACAGAAUAAGCCCCCAGGACCCUGUAGCUCUGCAGUGAGAAACCCUGAUGUGCCUUCAGGAUUCAGUGCACAGAAUAAGCCCCAAGGACCCUGUAGCUCUGCAGUGAGAGUUUCUCAAGUGUCUUCAGGGUUCAGUGCACAGAAUAAGCCCUCAGGACUCUGUAGCUCUGCAGUGAGAGUUUCUGAAGUGUCUUUAGGAUUCAGUGCACAGAAUAAGCCCCCAGGACCCUGUAGCUCUGCAGUGAGAAACCCUGAUGUGCCUUCAGGAUUCAGUGCACAGAAUAAGCCCCCAGGACCCUGUAGCUCUGCAGUGAGAAACCCUGAUGUGCCUUCAGGAUUCAGUGCACAGAAUAAGCCCCCAGGACCCUGUAGCUCUGCAGUGAGAAACCCUGAUGUGCCUUCAGGAUUCAGUGCACAGAAUAAGCCCCCAGGACCCUGUAGCUCUGCAGUGAGAAACCCUGAUGUGCCUUCAGGAUUCAGUGCACAGAAUAAGCCCCAAGGACCCUGUAGCUCUGCAGUGAGAGUUUCUCAAGUGUCUUCAGGGUUCAGUGCACAGAAUAAGCCCUCAGGACUCUGUAGCUCUGCAGUGAGAGUUUCUGAAGUGUCUUUAGGAUUCAGUGCACAGAAUAAGCCCCCAGGACCCUGUAGCUCUGCAGUGAGAAACCCUGAUGUGCCUUCAGGAUUCAGUGCACAGAAUAAGCCCCCAGGACCCUGUAGCUCUGCAGUGAGAAACCCUGAUGUGCCUUCAGGAUUCAGUGCACAGAAUAAGCCCCCAGGACCCUGUAGCUCUGCAGUGAUAAACCCUGAUGUGCCUUCAGGAUUCAGUGCACAGAAUAAGCCCCCAGGACCCUGUAGCUCUGCAGUGAGAGUUUCUCAAGUGUCUUCAGGAUUCAGUGCACAGAAUGAGCCCCUAGGACUCUGUAGCUCUGCAGUGAGAGUUUAUCAAGUGUCUUCAGGAUUCAGUGCACAGAAUAAGCCCCCAGGACCCUGUAGCUCUGCAGUGAGAGUUUAUCAAGUGCCUUCAGGAUUCAGUGCACAGAAUGAGCCCCUAGGACCCUGUAGCUCUGCAGUGAGAGUUUAUCAAGUGUCUUCAGGAUUCAGUGCACAGAAUAAGCCCCCAGGACCCUGUAGCUCUGCAGUGAGGAGUCCUGAAGUGUCUUCAGGAUUCAGUGCUCAGAAAAAGCCACCAGUAGCCUGUACCUCUGCUGUGAGAACUUCUGAAGUGACUUCAAGAUUCAGUGCACAGAAUAAGCCCCCUGGAGCCUGUACCUCUGCAGUGAGAAUUUUUGUAGAGUCUUCAGAAUUCAGUGCACAGAAUAAGCCCUCAGGACCUUGUAGUUCUGCAGUGAGAAGUCUUGAAGGUUCUUCAGGAUUCGGUGCCCAGAAUAAGCCCCCGGGAGCCUGUAGCUCUGCAGUGGGAAGUCUUGAAGGUUCUUCAGGAUUCACCGCACAGAAUAAGCCCACAGGAGCCUGUAGCUUUGCACUGAGAAUUGGUGCUGAUGAGAAGGGUACUAUGCAUCUUGGGAAAAAAUCUACUUUAGAAAAGGCUGAGAGGAAAAAAAGGUCAAGAAAGCACAAAGAAGAAAAUGCGAAUUUUCACUCUGAAAUAUUACCAGUGACCUGUGGGAAGAUAGAAGGCAUGUUAUAUGUUAAGAAGUUCAAACAAGGAACCAAAAGAAAAUGUAUAAGAAGCCAGGAUGGAAAUUGGUUCAACCCUAAGGAAUUUGAAGAGAAAGCGGGCUACGGAACCUCAAAGAGUCAUUGGAAGACCCGUGUGUGCAGCAAUGGAAAGACCCUAAAAUGUCUGAUGAAGAAGGGACGACUACCUACACCUCCAGUAGAACGUGACAGGUCAAAAAAGCUGAGAAGUUCAGAAGUAUGUAAGAUCUGCUACCGUGAAGGAAAUCUCUUCUGCUGUAUUACUUGUUUGAGCUUCUUUCAUGGGGACUGUCACCUCCCACCUGUGGAAACUGAGAGGAGCCCGUGGCGUUGCACCUUGUGCAGGGUGAAGGAGUGUUUAGGAAGUCAGCAGUCUGCCAGGGAAUCUGAGGUCCUGGCAAGGCCGAUGGGGCCUGAGUCGCAGCUGAAAUGUGAGUUCCUCCUCUUGAUGUUCUAUUGCCAUUCAGAGAGCAAUGGUUUUCAGAAUAUUCAACGUGAUAACUAUAGAAUAGAGAAUUUUCAAUGCAUGGCAGAUUUUUUGGUGAUGGAUGAAAUCAAGAAGAAGCUAAGUGAGCGGCGUUAUCUCAAUGUGAUGGAGUUUAUGCAGGACGUGCGCCACAUCUUUUUGGUACACAGGGCGUCUAAAAAGUGCAAUAACUUUUGCUGGGGAAUUAGACAGGAGGAGAAAUUUGAGCUGAAUUUCAAGCAAGUGUUUGCUGUUCAGGAAACAGAACAAGAACAUACAACAAAAUUAAAUUAGAAAACAAAAUUAGAAGUUCAAUAAAGAAGAAGAAACUAUGUCACAUACAAGGGAGCCCCCACAAGACCAUCAGAAAAUUACUCAACAGACAUUUUGCAGAUCAAGAGAGAGUGGAUGACAUAUUGCAAAUAUUGAAGGAAAAUAAUUGUUAAGGAAGAUUUGUACUCAGCAAAGCUGUCCUAUAGAAUUAAAGGAGAAAUAGACCCAUCAAAGGGAACUUGAGAAAGUUCAUUACCACUGGAACUGCUUUAUAAGAAGUGCUAAAGGAUGUUUUACAAGCUAAAAUAAAAGGAAAGUAAUUAACAUUGCAAAAACAUGACCUGAACUCUCAACUGUACACAGUUGGGUGCCCUUUCUUCCUUUGUUACAGGCACUGGGAAUUUAGAGCAGGUAGGAGGCAGAGGGAAGGUUGUGGCCCAAAUCCCUUGGGAAGAGAUGGCUGCCUAGACAUGUCCUUGAAACAAAAUACCAGAUUCAAAAACCAUAACUCAACCUCCUUCUUUAACAAAGAAAAAAAUACUCUUCAGCUUUUUGGCAACAACUUUUAUAUCUCAUAUGUAUAAAUGGUUUUUAAGUAUUAACUCCAACUGAAAUUCUAAAAUAAACCAUGUAUUUUCUAGGCAUA